AUGGUUACAAUGAGUAAACCUACCACUCAUCCUCUAUACUUACUACGCCUUGUUGGAAGCGCCGGUAAUAAGUGCAAGGUGCAAGAAAGCAAUUUCUGCUCUGAAAUUAUCACUGGCCCACCGCUUGUCAGUUCUGGCGACCCUCGAUUGAGCAAAUUCACCACACGUUUGGAAUUAAACCAAAGGAAACUUUCUCAUGUUUCCACUCCUGUUCUUUGCGUAUCUGAAAUUGGAACUGGGGAUGCCCUUCCAGUGUCUUCAGAUGGGUCUAGAGCCGGGCAACGGUUGAUUAAGCACUUCCUAGACGUCUGGAAUAAGAUCCAAGAGGACCUGGAAAAAAAUUCACGCAUUCGGACUCUAAUCACUCUAGACGUACCUGGAGUUAGGGAAUCGAGCGCUAGACUAUAUCUUUGGAACUCUACCCGCUUUUCCUUUAUCGCAAAGUUAUUAUACGUCAAGAACAAAAGGUUGGCGCCAAGUUACAGAGUAAUGCACCAGAUUCCAGAGUAUCUCCAUGUCUUGCUUGUCUCCACCCUCAAAUUCUGA